AAUAGGUAUUGUUAUCCUAACGAUAUUAUUCGUUGUCAUUGUACCAAAAAUUAUAUAAUAUCAUGGUGUAUCCAAAUAAAUACAGCUAUAUCUGUAUAAAAUACGAAUUAUUUCCAAAUACUAUAAAACAACGAAAAAUCAACGCGAAAAUAUGAAACAAAAAAACAAUUCAACUAGUAAAAAAGGAGAGAAAACGUUCCUAAUAAAAUACUCAUACUUUAAUAUAAAUACAUGAAGGCAAAAAUGAUAAAAUAAAAUAAACAUAGUGACGAAAUAGUUCAAGUAUCUAAAAGAUGGGUACACCCAUGAGUUUAAUCUGCAUCAACUGAUAGAUGCCGGAAAUUGAAUGGCAUUAAAUGUACUGACUUAUUUUAGAUCAGCACCGAAGUAUUGCUGAAGAUCAAAACGUUCCAAUAUUAUAUUAGGGAAUUUUACAGAUUUAAGGAUCUAUUCAUGACCUUUGUGGACUUCAGAACUAAAACCAGAGAUUAAAAAUAGAUAAAAGUACAAGUAGCAGAAACAACUAUCUUUAGGGAAAACAAGUAUGAAGUAAGAUAAACAUUACUCGCAAGCGAAAGAGAUUAGGAUAAAGUCCAAAGGUGGAAUUAAUUUGUCAUAAAAUAAUCAAUACAAACGGAACCAGUCGAUACAAUCUGUCCCUGUGUAACUGCCCAAAGCAAAUUGGGCUCUCCAAGAGGAAUCAUCCUAGAAAAUAAGCCAAAAAUUUAACAUGGCCGUGAUUGGCCUAAAAAUAUUCUAAUUUGUGAUUAAAUCCACUAGCAUCGACGUAUUUGAACAUUUGACAGAGAUUUCAGGAGUUUGGUAACAAUGUAUGACCACAAUACUUAUAGCCAACCAGAAGCCAGCUCAAUAUCGUACAAUCACUCUGAAAAUACUGGAAAUUCGGAUAGUAAGGCUUCAGCACCAUCGCAUGAAAUAAAUACUCAAACUAUCACUCCGGAACAGAUGGCUAUGAUCCAGCAAUAUAAUUACUUAAACUACUACAAUCAGGGAUAUUACGCAAUUCCGGAAGCAGGCCAAUUUGAAGGUAUACAACGGUGUCAUAUGCAUAGUAAACCGGAUUUGAAUUGUAAAUUCUGUAGAAAAUAUAAAUCCUCGGUUCAUGAAAUAAGCCGUUUGGCUCAGCAAAAACAAUCAAUUCAAACCUUAGAAGAGAAGCGAAACACGAUACAAAUGACAAAUUCUACUACCUAUAAUUUAAAUAAUUUGUUGCGGAACAAUAUAUUAGCGUCGGAGUAUUACAAAUCUCUAUUUUCUAUGCAAACAUUUCAAGACGUUGUAAAUGAAUUAAUUCAGUAUGGAACCCAUGCAGAGCCUUAUUGUUCUACAGCUACUCGGGCUCCAUCUACUCUCUUUUGUUGUCUAUACAAAUUCUUUACCAUGAAAUUGACGGAAAAACAGAUGUAUAGUCUGUUAGAUAAUAGUAAAUCACCCUACCCACGUUGCUGUGGUCUUUUAUACUUGAGAUAUGUCUUACCUCCUGAUAAGUUAUGGAAUUGUCAGUGCCGAUAAUCAAAAGCAGACUACAAUUGGAGAAUUUGCAGAGUCUCUUGUAAUGGAUGAUAAAUAUUUUA